CUUUGUGUUACUGCACAGUCAAAUCAAAAAAAAAAAAAAAAAAAAAAUUAAUAUCAUUCCUGCAUAAUUUUUACAUAAUUUAAAAAAAAAUUCUUGUUCCCAUUAAUAUUCCUUUGAAACAAAAAAUUCGGCGUUCCACAAAGCAAAGGAUGUCUUUCAUCAAGGAUCAAAAGAAACGCUCAUCCAAUAAUUUAAAUUUAAAUUCAAUAUUAUUUCCGAAUAGUUUUGAAAAACAAAUUAGCCAACAAUCUAAUAUUUGUAUAAUAACAAAUAUAAUUCCAAUAAAGUGUCAAUAGAAGAAAAAUUAACUGUUUUCCACAAUCGCAUUGAUAUUAAAUUCUUCUCUCUUAAUCACCCAUAAAUUUAUCAAUCAUGAACUUUCCCGGUUUUAUCGCGAUUAAUUCCUUUCAAUGACAGUUAUCGCUAAUUAUCGCCGACUGCGUACAUAUACGUGCGUGUCGAGUGAGCGGCUCAUCGCGUCGCUGCACCAGCAGCUAUGCAAAUUACGCCGUCAGGCCAAUUUGCAGUCGGCUUCGCUACGGCACGUGCAAUGCGCGGUACGCAACAUGGAGCCAGUCAAGGGGUUCCGACUGAAUUACAUCGACGUCUCGAAGGAGUUCAUGGGAACUCUGGGGGCUGAGGCGUCUAUGAAAAGUCUGCUACGCUCUUCAGAAGAAUUCGCUCAACGUGUAACGAAAGGGCCACUGCCUGCUCGGCUUCUGCCGGAUAUGACGUCAGACCGUGGAACAUCAAAGUUUCAGAAGGCAGGUGUGAUUAAUAUAUAGUGUACCAAUACGAAACCUACGAGACUGGUUAAUUACAGGAAAUUUUGUAUAAAGUUGGAUGAACAAUAAAUUAAAUUCUUGAUCAUUAUUCAUUCAACAUUGUUUCGUUUUUAUUAUAUUUAUUUUUAGAAUUUUUUUCUUUUCUUAAUAAGAAAUGGUAGAUCUUAUGUCGGUUUUUCUUUGUUUGUCUCUUUCUACAUAAAAUAUGAUGAUGAUCAGUACCUUUUUUUCUUACUUUUUUCUUUACGAAUGUACAA